AUUGGGUGGUUUCACAUCCCGCCUGUUCCAUAACUCAGCCCGCAAAUCAGGAGCGACGACACGGCAUGUACACAACAGACCAGGGGAGGGACGGAGCUGGCACCACUCUCCACCUACAGUACAUGGUGCAACAUAUAGACUCUUCAGAGGAGGACAGCGACCAGAUGCAGGGAGUGCACUUUAUCAAUCUGGAAGAGAUCAUGGACAUAUCUGAAGAGCAACAACAAAGGGAGGAGCAAGAGUUUGAUGAACGAGAAGAAGUCAAGGGAAGAAUAAUGGAGUUGGAAAAGGCCUACAAACAGAAGAGAGAGGUCUUUGAGCAGCGGCUUCAGCUUGGACAGGAGCUGGAGGCAGAGAUGAACAAGAUAGCAGCUGAAAACAAAGACUUCACCACCACAGAGAAAGAGUACCAACAGAAGGCGGAAAGCAGAAGAAAACUGAGAGAGAGGGAUGAUGUUGAAACUCAGGAGAGACACCAGAUCAUGUCGGAGGAGGAAAGCAGUACGCGGAGAAGCUAUAUGAAGGAGGUGGAGGAUGAAACUCGGUGGCUGAGGAAGCAAAAGGAGGAGAAGACUGCUGAGCUGGAACAACUUUCACAAGGAAAUAAUGAUAAGGAGCAAAUACAAAAGCUGAGAGAAGCUGAGCAGGAAUCAAAGCCCAAACUUGAGCAGGUUCAGGAAGAACUACAAAGAAAAGAUGCAGAGGUGGACACGAUAUCCUGGACCUUGAUUCAAAAUAAUAACCAGAUCGGGGAGAGAUUAAGCACCAUAGAGGAUCUCAGGCGGGAACAGCAAGAACUUCAAGAAAAACUGAAACAGAGACAGCAGAAGCAGAUUUUAGCUGCAGAGAAGGCACCAUCAACAAAAAGACAUUGGUCUUCAGCUUCGGAUCUGUUCUAUCAGGAACAGCGAGAACUUCAAGAGAAACUGAACAAGUUGAAGCCGAUAUUAUCUGCACAGAAGGCCUCAUCAACAUCAACAGUAAGACUGAAACAUGGGUCAUCAGCUAUGGAUGUGAAAGAUGAGAGGCACCCAAAGAAAUCCAAAUGGCAGAUAUGCAUCCUAUACAUUACCUUUUGUAUCCUCCUUCCUGUUCAAAUCAUUGCCUCCAUGGCGCCUGACUGCAACCUUCCAGCCGAUGACUGCAACCUUUAUAAUGUAGUUUACGACCUGUUAGAUUCCUACUGUCCAGAUCAUGGAUUACCCCUUUACUAAUACUAAGAAAGCAGUGGUGAAAGAAGUAUUUAUAUUUUAUACCUAAGUAGAAGUUUUAAUACCUUAGUGUAAUGUAGUGUUAAUGUUGUCUUAUAAAUAUAGUGUAGUAAAGUAUAAUAUUUGCCUGUAAAAUGUAAUAGAAAUAUAAAGUAGCAUAAAAUGAAAAUAAUUAAUCAAGUACAAGAACAGUAUUUCAUUAAAUGUAAUCAGUUCAAUUCCACCACUGCUAGACAUUUAACCGCGACAAACCACAAGCUAACAAUAUGAGACUGAGAGGACUCACUGCACCUGUCCGCCCAGGAAGGGGUUCCUCACUUGUGGUCCUUCCCAAGGUUUCUUCCAUUUGUGGGAGUUUUCCUAUGCCCUCUUGAGGAGGAUGUCAUUAAAAAAAUUCAGCAUCACUAUACAAAAUGUAGGUGGACUUAAACAGAUUCAAAAUGUUGCCGGAUGCGCUGUGAUUGGCUUGUGGGGGAUGAGGCGAGUCUGAUUGGUUAGCUGUGGGAGCGAUACACCCAUGCUUAUUGAAUGAAAGAGCGAGUGAGUGAGACAGGGGAAUCGAUAGGCAUAAUCUUUAGAAAAAACAGGCCUACUUGCGGAGUAGCCUAUUCACAUAUAGCUUUGUUUUAUUUAUUUGCUUAUCUUACUUUUUACACUGCUGCUAAUUUUAGCACUUAUGUAUUUCAGAAAAAAUUGGAUAUGGCUAACUUACAUACAUUUUUUCAACUGCUGGUCAGUAUCUACAUGUUGGCAUUUAAAUCUGUUUAACAAACAUUCACAGUGUAGGUUGGAAAAAGUAUGGGAACCCCUAGAGUGAAUGUUAAAUGGGUGUGUUCAAUAAAGACAUUAAAUAUUAUAAAUGCUUGUGUAUUAUCAGCUUAAGCACAGUUAGUUGCUAGUCUAUACUUGUAUCAGAUCACAUUUAAUGACCAAUUCAUGCAUCAAACCAGGACAUUCCAAAGGGUUCACAUACUUGUUCUUGGCACAGUGUAUGUGUAUAUUCUAAUUAUCCCUUCGUGAACUCCUGUAUGUACUACCCUAUGUUUAGCUAAUAUUAUUAUUAUGUUGCUGCUAUGACACCUGAAUCCCAUUAACAGGAUUAUUGAAGGUUCAUUUUAUCCUAUCAUGUACUAGAAAGCUUUGUGAAUUAGGCCCCUGUACAUCCUUCAAAGAUAAUAAUAAUACAUUUGAUUUAUAUAGCGCUUUUCCUAGUGCUCAAAGCGAUCCACAAGCAAGUAAAGAAGAACAUUUUAACAAAGCUAAAAAGUGCUAAGCUAGGUGGAAUAAGGGCGAGGGGUUAGUGGAUUAGGAGUUGAAGGCAAGAAUGAAAAGGUGAGUUUUGAGGGAUUGUUUGAAUGAUGUGAGAGUGUUG